CCCCUCCCUCCCUGCCGCCCCGCCCCCGGGGAGAAGUCUCCGGCUGGGAACGGGCUGUCACAGCCGAACGGCCGGAGGCGGGAGGCGGGAGCUCGAGGCAGAUGCCGGGCGCAGCAUGACUGCCAUCGCGGUGCAGGCCCAGAGGCUGCUGGCCCAUAGGAGGCCCCACCGGUCCUUCUUCGAAUCCUUCAUCCGGACCCUCAUCAUCGCGUGUGCUGCCCUGGCCGUGGUCCUUUCCUCCAUCGCCAUUUGCGAUGGCCACUGGCUCCUGGCUGAGGACCGCCUCUUUGGGCUGUGGAAUUUCUGCACCACCUCCAACCAGACUGGUCUGCUCUGCCUCAGGGACCUGAGUCAGGCCCACGUGCCUGGGCUGGCCACGGGCAUGGUUCUAGCCCGCAGCACGGGCGCCUUGGCUGUGGUGGCCGCCAUUUUCGGCCUGGAGCUCCUCAUGGUGUCUCAGGUGUGUGAGGACCUCCACGCAUAUCGCAAGUGGGCCAUGGGCUCUGUCCUGCUCCUUGUCUCGUUCGUCCUCUCCUCUGGGGGGCUUCUGAGCUUUGUGGUCCUCCUCAGGAACCAGGUCAUACUCACUGGCCUCACCUUGAUGUUCUGGUGUGAGUUCACCUCCUGCUUUCUCUUCUUCCUGAAUGCCAUCAGCGGCCUCCACAUCAACAGCAUCACCCAUCCCUGGGGCCAACCAAGGAAAUUUUAAACACCCCCCCUCACCCCAAGGACCUAAGAUUCUACAAGAUCAGCAUGGGACUUUUCCAAAUGUGACUUCUGGUAGGGGAAGGGGUGGGACAAUGACCUUGAAACUGUUGCCUCUUAGCCAAUAAUCUUUGGGUGGUUGUCCAGAAAUGGUACAGGGCCUUUUGCAGCUGGUCUGCUGGGCCAGACACCAAGAGAGUGCUUCAGUGCUACCAGCUGUGCAGACUUAGCCAAGUUUAUUAGGAUGUUGAUUUUAGAAGAAACACAUUUUAAAACA